AUGACUUUAAUUAACACAUAUUUGGCAUCACUCCCUCAAGAAUCGAUAAACGAAUUGAAAGAACAUGGAAUUGAUGUUCCGGAUUACCCCACUAAACUUUGCUUUAACUAUCCAAUUUAUUUAAGGGGUUUGGAUCUUAAUUACCUUCACAAGUUAAGUUCCGGUUGGGUUCACUACAAGUAUAAUGAAAAGGCUUCGAUACAUCAUCCCUUUCAAAAGGCUGUCUCAUGUAUAAAGAAAUUCGGCAAAAAAUUUUCGGGUCGGGAUGAUUCCUUAUUGUCAAAGAAUGAGAUGAAUCGGAUAAGAGUUCAAAUUCACUUGAUUUGUUCAAAACUUUUAUCACUCUUCUUGAUAAGAUCACCUAAACUAAGUUUGCUUCGCAUAAAACCAAAGAGAAAUGAGGUCAUAUUUUCUUUGUUUGAUGCAGACCUAAUAUACCUUAGUGCAACAAAUAAUUGUCUUUCCUUUCUAACUGGAUUAGAAUGCGUCGAUGAUCAUGACAUGGAAAGAAUUUAUAAUCAGCUUGCGUCAAGUAGUACAAACAUUUCUCGAAUCAUGAUUUAUGGACAACAAAAUUCCAUGUCAUUGGCGAAUUUGAUAAGUGUACAAAAAGAAUUACAAAGACUUUACCUUGUGAAUAUCAACAGCAUCACCUAUUGGACGGCACCUGGCGUCGGAUCAGAGUUACAAAAGAAAGCUUUCUUGAUAACCAAGCUUAAGUUGGAAAGUUCGUGCGGUUGUUUAAAAUUCUUGGGAGAUUUUAUAAAUUUGGAGGAACUUUCCCUAAGGUGCCUUCAUAAGGACCCUUGUUAUAAUGUUCGAGGUUCCGUAAAGGCUCCUUCGCUUCGUAAUUUAAGGAAAUUGGAAUUCGAAUAUAAUCACAAAUAUGAAAUAAAAUUUAUAGCAGAUUUAAUUCAAAAUACUUUUAAAUUAAGAAAGGUUGUGGUUGAGGGUUCAAGAAUCUUGGAUCCGAUUAACGUUCAAUUAUUAUUUGAAUCGAUUAUAAUUUCUUGUCCACAUAUGAGGAAUUGUUCAAUCCCCAUUUCCGUCAUCAAUCCUCCCCUGAUCACCUUAUUCGAUUCUUGUAGGCAUAUUAAAAGGUUAUGCCUCUUUUCCAUUCCUUCCGAAGCACCAAUUAAUAUUAAUUAUUGCGAUAAUUUCCUAUUUCAAAUAUUGAAAUCAAGGCCUGCCAAUUUACGUACCCUUGAAUUAAUUAAUUGUAGUUUUUCCGUCAAGGUGUGGGAAAUAUUUUUAAGGGCUCAACCUUUCACCAAUUUAAGGUUCGUUUCUUACUUAUGGAUGAAACAUAAUUUUCAACCUUCCGUGGAGUUCUUGGAGAUCUGUUCCAAAUAUAAACGUUUUGGUUUGUUGAAAGCGUUUGGAAAUAUUGACUUAUUUAGAAAUUG